AUGUCCGCGCUCAAGUCCGCCGCCCAGGGCCCCAUCUUCAUCGGUCUCAACGUGCUCCGCGCACUGAGCAUGAUUGGCCUGCUCUUAGUCUUCAUCGCGAACAUAGUGACGCUAGUUGGAGACGGUGAGGCGAUCCGCGAGGACCGCACCGCCGCUGUCCCCUUCACCGCCAAGGGCAACUCAACGGCCGGCAACUCGACGACAGAGUACAAGUGUGACUACAUCUUCAACUCGACAAUUCCUGACCAGGCCGGCGGUGCUUUCUGGUCUGUCCUGAACCGCGUCUUCAUCCUCAUGGAGACCAUGUUGCUCAUUGCUGCCGAGAUUGGCUUCCCGCGCAAGCUGUUCGAGACCUUCCUUCCUAUGCUCGGACCUGAGCAUGGGCUCGGCUGCCUCGGUGCCUUCCAGACUCUCGACCUGUUCCCGCAGGUCUCUAGCUGGAUGCUGUUCACCAUCGGAUGUCUGAACAUGCUUGCUGGUAUCAUCUGGCGACAGGAGGCCAAGACCAAGCGUGCCCUCUUCAGCUGGGAGAACAUUGCCAGUCUCUCCUACUCCCAGGACGCUCCGAGCGACAACCCCUACAGCAACGUGCUGAAGGGUGCUCCGACGCACAUUGACGUCAGUGCUCCAAGCGCACCUGAACAGGCGCACCAUUGUGAGUUGCUCCCAUCGUUCUCAACGCUGACAGCAGACGACAAGGAGCGUUCCCGCCGCCUCGUCUGA